ACGUCGUGAGAAUUUUUAUUGUUUAAUAUAUAUUUUAUUAUUUUAUUGCUUGUCUUCAACGUGACUUUACCGAAAGAGCUAAGAAUAUGAAUUACUGCAGUCACGAAAGCUUAAAAUCAAAAGGCUCUUCUGUUGUCGCAGCACACCUGGGUUACGAGUCCCUGGGGAGAGAGAGAGGAGUUUGACUCUUCAUCGAUGAUGGCCCGGCGUGUGAGGGCUGUGUCUUCCGGCGUGUUUAACUGACGGCGGCUGGCGGCUGGCGGCCGUGGGGCCAAGGGUUGCGUUUGUUGUCUUCUGUCCGAGUUUUGGGAAACGCCUUGGGAUCAAAUGUGGCCGGGUUUUUUUUCUUUCUUCCCGAGGAAUAAUGUCCCCCGAACGGGCAACUCGACUUUACACUAAAGUUUGGUUCGCAGCGGAUGAUCUUUACCAGAGUUAACGUGUCCCCCGCUUCCCCCCCCCCCCCCCCCCGCAAUCCCGUUACGCACGGACAAACGGGGGGAGCAUGUUGCGUCAAUGCUUCCGAACUUCGUUGAGAAAAGCAUUCAAGAGAAUCGAGUGACGUUCGGGACCCACCACCUCGGCCGCUGCGGUGACGUCACUUGCCACAAUCAAUGCCGUGACGUCACCGGCGGAGAGAGAGAAACGGGGCACGACUUGGCGCUUGGACCGCGACGUUGACGCUUCCGAGCGUCGCUCCGGCGAGCUUUGAAUAUCAAUUUAUUAAAAGUCUUCUUAGGUUUCACAUUUAGCUCGUGCGUAGCUGCAAGAGAAGAGCCGUUGGUGUUUUUUGGGUGCCCCCCCCCCACACCCUUUCCGGGCUAAGCAUGGCGAGCCGGGAGCCAGGGAGAGGUAUCAUUCCUCGGACGCUGGGUCGAAACGUUUGAAUAACUAACAAAAAAAAUAUUUUAAUUAUACUCAAAAGGAGUUCUUCUCGGGGGGGGGGGGGGGGGGAAUCGACAGUUCUCGGGAGUGCAGGUUUUAGGAUCGAUAACGUUCCACUGAGCAGUUCUCAGUGGCAUGUUAUCGGGUACUAUUGUUAGUCAGGUAGGUUGUUAAAAAGCUCCUUCAACCCUCUCGGUUCUCGUGGAGUUGGUGGCCGCGUUAGAACCCGGUGACCUGCGCUGGGCACGAGCGCCGGGGCGGCGGGGAGGGCGCAGCCGCCGGUGGGAACCCCGGCACGGCCGGAAACGGGGCGUGAGCCCGUACCGGAUAAGUCGCCGAUCCUUGCCGCGCACGCGAUCCCGUGCCCCCAUGCCCGUGCCUGUGCCCCCGUGCCCGUGCCUGUGCCCCCGUGCCCGUGCAUGCGUCGCGAGCGUGGGGGGAGCGGACGUCGACCGAGGCGUCCGUCGCACGGCUGCCCCGGGUGAUGCGGAGUCGGUGGCGCUGGCCCGCGGGCCGUGCGAGCGUGCGAGCCUGCGAUUGUGUCGCACGCGUGGCUCGGUAUACAAUUUAGUUUGUUUUGGCGCCCGCGCUCGCCAUUUUGGUAUUUUUGUUGUUUCCGUCUGCGCGCGAACGCGUGCGCAGCUUCAGCUACGAAUCCGCGACGUUCGAACACGAGCGACGCACGCACAGACCACCACAGGCGUCAAUGUACUCGCGCAGAACUUGCGCGCCGACCCGGAUUGUGCUCCCCUGCUGCUGUCGGCCCUUCGCACAUCCGCAUGCAAUCAUCGUUUCAAACAAAAUAUAUUUAUUGGAGUAGAGUCUCAGGUCUGUGAUCCUGAAACCCGGUCUCCUAGAGUCGAGUCUCAAGUCCGUGAUCCUGAAACCCGGUCUCCUAGAGCCAAGUCUCUGGUCUGUGAUCCUGAAACCCGGUCUCCUGGAGUAGAGUCUCAAGUUCGUGAUCCUGAAACCCGUUCCCCUAGAGCAGUGUCUCAAGUUUGUGAUCCUGAAACCCGGUCUCCUGGAGCCGCGUCUCAAGUUUGUGAUCCUGAAACCCGGUCUCCUGGAGCCGAGUCUCAAGUCUCUGAUCCUGAAACCCGGUCUCCUGGAGUAGAGUCUCAAGUUUGUGAUCCUGAAACCCGGUCUCCUGGAGUAGAGUCUCAAGUUUGUGAUCCUGAAACCCGGUCUCAUAGAGCAGAGUCUCAAGUGUGUGAUUCUGAAACCCGGUCUCCUAGAGCAGAGUCUCAAGUCUGUGAUUCUGAAACCCGGUCUCCUAGAGCCAAGUCUCAAGUCUGUUAUCCUGAAACCCGGUCUCCUAGAGCCAAGUCUCAAGUCUGUGAUCCUGAAACCCGGUCUCCUGGAGUAGAGUCUCAAGUUUGUGAUCCUGAAACCCGGUCUCCUGGAGUAGAGUCUCACGUCUGUGAUCCUGAAACCCGGUCUCCUGGAGUAGAGUCUCAAGUUUGUGAUCCUGAAACCCGGUCUCCUGGAGCCGAGUCUCAGGUCCGUGAUCCUGAAACCCGGUCUCCUGGAGCCGAGUCUCAGGUCCGUGAUCCUGAAACCCGGUCUCCUAGAGCCGAGUCUCAGGUCCGUGAUCCUGAAACCCGGUCUCCUAGAGCCGAGUCUCAGGUCUGUGAUCCUGAAACCCGGUCUCCUGGAGCCGAGUCUCAGGUCUGUGAUCCUGAAACCCGGUCUCCUAGAGUAGAGUCUCAAGUUUGUGAUCCUCAAACUCCGUCUCAUGGAUCAGAAUGUCAAUCGGAGCUCAUCUUGAAAGCCAAGUUUCCUAGAAUCGCCGCCGGGCCUCCGUUAAGACGGAUGACGAAAAUCAAUUCUCAAUCGCGAGACGCUCAUCCCGAGACCCGGUCUCCGACGGGAAGAUUUAAAUCCAAUCCCGAUGUUGAAGCCAAGUCUGCUGGAACCCCCCCCCCCCGAGUCUCGAUUUAAAAUGCACUGAACCUAGAUGAGGUGACUUUGGUUAUUUUCCUUGGCCGAAACAAUGUCAGUGGUUGAACCGCCGCUAUCUUUCACGUCGCUCUCAACGCUUGUCCGUGCGCACAACCUCCCCAAUGCAAUGAUCGUUGUCGUAGUGACCCACCCCUCGAUAUCAACAUUUGUGUUCGUUCUUUUUUACGUGUUUCCGUUUGUGUUUUGAUCCACCGCGUCAUUUAUUUUGUAAAUAUUGGCGAAAGAGCAUUUUCCGUAAUGGUAUAUGUAUAUAUUUUUGUUAUGUUGGUUUGAAAGAGGGAAUCUGUUAUUUGUGUGCUCGUGCUCGCGAGCGUCGCUAUUAACCGGGCUCUCCUUCGUGCGUUCCCCUGGUCACACCACGCGCUGUUGCCACCGUCGUUGGCAUGACGCGCCCUGCGUUCCGCUUCUGCCCGAGGUAGCCAACAGAAAUUCGGUUCCUGAAGACCGUCGCGGCACGCGGAGCGGCACGGCGGACAACGCGCGACGCACCGCCUUGCAACACGCGCGCACGUGUUGUAAGGCGCUGCUGCGACACCCGCCGUUGCUUGGUAACGGCAACAUUAUCAUCGCGGCCGGCAAAGGAUCCGUGUGAAGCCCCCCAACACUGCUUUGCGUCGCGCGGGACUCGUCCCUCCCCCCCCCCCCCCCCCCCCCCCCGUUGGCUGGUGGACAUUCCGCAUUCCUAUGCUGGGGCCCGGAUUGACAAAUCGCUGCCGUCCUGCACAUUGGCGAUGUUGUCGUUGACGCGAUGGCCCUUGCGCCUGGGACCUGGGACCGUGCGCUCGGCUCGACAUUAUCCAGGGACGGAAUUUUUAGUUUAACUAACUGUAGCGACGCGCGCUGGUGUCGUUAUCAUAUCGCUCCCCCCCACCUGCUCCCAAGCACUUCGGCAAGUCAUCCGAUUAUCUUCGAGAAAGUCGAAACGCGUGACGCGUCCCUGCGUCCUCGCCCCCGAUCUAAAGCAGGCCUGCGGUGAAUAUAUUUUUCGAUCUCAUUUGCACAUUUUGCGAUAUCAAGCGCUUUAUUAUUUUCCCGUGCCACCGAUUGCCCCGAGGAUAACCCCAGGAUGAUCGAGAGUUGCCCAAAGUUUUUGUUUGUGUCUGGGUUCAAUGCGGCUUCUGCCGUCGCGACCGCUUCAUGAACCUGACGCGCUACGUUCUGCACUUCUUGUUAUUCCCUUGCAUGUCAACCCUCACGCUGGCGGCUGAGACUAUGAACCGGUGUGAAGUCCGGCGGUGGAGCGCUGACCGCAAAGUGGGAAUGGCGAACGGGGUGUGGAACAAGCUCGCAUAGCCCUAACCAGAUCCUGCUCCUAGCCCUAACUAGAUCCUGCUCUUAGCCCUAACCAGAUCCUGCUCCUCACCCUAACUAGAUCCUGCUCCUAGCACUAACCAGAUGCUGCUCCUAGCCCUAACCAGAUCCUGCUCCUAGCGCUAACCAGAUCCUGCUUCUAGCCCUAACCAGAUCCUGCUCCUAGCGCUAACCAGAUCCUGCUUCUAGCCCUAACCAGAUCCUGCUUCUAGCCCUAACUACAUCCUGCUCCUAGCACUAACCAGAUCCUGCUCCUAGCCCUAACCAGAUCCUGCUCCUAGCCCUAACUACAUCCUGCUCCUAGCGCUAACCAGAUCCUGCUCCUAGCCCUAACCAGAUCCUGCUCCUCGCCCUAACCAGAUCCUGCUCCUCGCCCUAACCAGAUCCUGCUCCUCGCCCUAACCAGAUCCUGCUCCUAGCCCUAACCAGAUCCUGCUCCUAGCCCUAACCAGAUCCUGCUCCUUGCCCUAACCAGAUCCUGCUCCUAGCUCUAACCAGAUUCUGCACCUAGCCCUAACCAGAUCCUGCUCCUAGUGCUAACCAGAUCCUGCUCCUAGCCCUAACUAGAUCCUGCUCCUAGCCCUAACCAGAUCCUGCUCCUAGCCCUAACCAGAUCCUGCUCCUAGCGCUAACUGGAUCCUGCUCCUAGCCCUAACCGGAUCCUGCUCCUAGCCCUAACCAGAUCCUGCUCCUAGUGCUAACCAGAUCCUGCUCCUAGCGCUAACCAGAUCCUGCUCCUUGCUCUAACUAGAUCCUGCUCCUAGCGCUAACCAGAUCCUGCUCCUAGCGCUAACUGGAUCCUGCUCCUAGCACUAACUAACUAGUUCACCAGACCCGAACCCUAACUUCAACGAGAUCAUAGCCCUAACCCGAACUAGCCAACCAAAGCCUACCCCCUAACCUAACCAACCAGAUCCUAACCCUAACAAACUAGUGACCUAGAUGCUAAUCGAGAAUACUGAACUCCUAUUGGUGGAACUAGCCACCCAAACAUUAACCCCCCCCCCCCCCCCCCCCCCCCCCCCCCCCCGAACAGACGAUCCGACCCAUCGUAUUUUUCCCAUAACCCCUAACGACGUGAGCCCAACCCUCACCCACACCUCUGAUACGGCACCCCAGUUGGGCUCUUGUGUAAGGGGUGUGGGGGGGGCGGACCACGACCACCGUGAAGGAGGAGGAGGGUGAACCUGGCUGGGCCUAAGGGAUGACAUUUGGUGGUGCGGGGGGCUGACCCCGGCACACCCACGCUCCCCCCCCCCCCCGUUUAACCCGGGGGUGGUGUGUGUGUCCCUCCCCCCCCCACUUCUCACUUUGCGCGGUGCGUCUCGCUGUGAGCGCGCUCGAGUGGCGCGCGGGCGGGUGGGGGGUGGGGUCGUGGGAGAGGCGUGAAGGCUGAAGGAACCCGGGCGCUCUCGCUCGUGACUCGCUGCGCGCACCAGCGGGAGCGUGCCGCGGCUUCAUUAAACUUACACCAAGCUGC